GUGUGGCCUCCCAAUAAAAACGCCACCCCGCCCUCCACUCGCCGGAGCCCGACCGCCGGGAUGCCUCGAGAUUUGCGACCAGCCGGGAUGCGCCUGUUCGGCGUCACCAUCGCGCCGGUGCCUGAGGCGAAUCCUCCGGGACGAAAUCCGAGCCCCAACCCACCCGUGGCUGCCAGGGAGGACGUGAUGCGCAAGUGCAAGAGCAUGGGCAACCUCGCGGCCCUUGGCGCUGGCCUGGACGGUGGAGGAGGAUGCGCGGACGGCGGAGUUGCUGGCGACGGGUACCUCUCCGAUGGCGGGCUGAUGCAGUCGUGCGGAAAGCGGCGGAGGGCGCAGGAGAGGAAGAAAGGAAAGUGGCGGUUGCGAUGUUGAAUUCAGCUAUUUUCCAGUGCUUGGUUUGCUCAUAUACUGUCAACCUGAUGGAACAGCUCUAGUUGAUAACUCAUUUUGGCAUCACACUGAUGCAUGCAGCCCUGUUUGAUGUCAUCAUUUGGCUUUGUACUGUUCCUUGGACUGAAGAGGAGCAUAGAACAUUUCUUGCUGGUCUUGAAAAGCUAGGGAAGGGAGAUUGGAGGGGUAUAGCAAAAAAAUUUGUUACCACCAGAACACCAACUCAAGUUGCAAGUCAUGCUCAGAAAUAUUUUCUUAGACAAACUAAUCCAAAUAAGAAGCGCAGAUCUAGUCUUUUUGACAUGAUGCCCAGAGAGCUGUCACCAACACCAAACUGCCCCGUAUUACCACCAUCCAUGGCAAAAGUACAUGACGUGGUAGCUAUGACGAAACAACUCCAGAAUAGCAACUUGGAAGGAGCCUCAUCUUCCAAUGCAGCUAAUGUAGUAUCUCAAGUAGGAAGAGAUCUCCCCCCAGUUCCGUCUUUUAAGGCAACAAAUAUAGAUUCAAGUUUCAGCAAAUUUAGCCACAUGGAGCGCUACUGGAGAACUCCCUACCCGUCCAGACCAAUUCCUAGAGCCCCUGAAGGGACGUCUUCAUCAACUCCUGUUGCUGCCAGUACAGCUGUUCCAGCCUCCGAAGCUAACCUGACUGCAUAUACUAGCACAUUCUUGAGCCAGCGAGCUGAUACCCCAUCAUUGCCUCCGAAGGGUGAUCCUCCUCCAUCAGAGGAUGAUGAUCUGGAACUGACUGUCGCUCCACCAUCCCAACAGAAUAUGACCAAUAUGUCCUCCCAGAAUGCGGUAGGCGUGAUUCAAGUCAUCUAAGCUAAUUUUUUUUCUCUCUCUAGAAGUUACUGUGGGUAUUUACAGUUCACCGAAUAAGUACUAACAUUCUAUCAGCAAAUACAUCAGUAUAAUAAGAUCAUGAGUGACAAGACACAGUAGAUGUUAAGCGCGUUAAUGUGGGGGGUCUGUUGUGCAUCUGCAUCCCCUUUUCACUUGUGUUGGUACUUAUCUAGGGAUUGGUGCAAGCUUAGCCGAUUGUUUUCACUGCACUUGUGUUGCUAAUUAUCUUGUGUACAUGCAUGGUUCUCUCUACAUUAGGCCCAGACAGAAGGCAUCUCACAUUAUGAUAUUGAAUAUUAUCAAUGGGGGGAAACAGAAUGUUGGCUGGCACUGCCACCAUUAUUA